AUGGCGCAGUUUACCCUCUAUAUCCUCGAGAACAGCUGGGGUCUGAAUCCCAUCAAGAUUGGUAUCUUUCUGGAAGAGCUUGGGCUUGACUAUGAGCUGAAAGGGCUCGAGCUGAACUCCACCGACAAAGAGAAAGGUGUCAAAGGUGAGAACUACUUGGCCAUUAGCCCGAAUGGGCGUACGCCGACGCUUGUGGACCACAAGAACAAUGACUUUACGGUCUGGGAGUCGGGUGCGAUUCUGCAGUACCUCCAGAACAAGUACGACACGAGCAACAAGUACGGAAGCAAAUCGGUCGAGGAGCAGGCUAUCAUUGACGAGUGGCUCUUUUUCCAGGUGACGGGCCACAGUCCGGUCCAAGGAAACCUGUACUUUGCCAAGAACUCGUGGAAGAAGACGUACGGCGAAGACCCGCCUCAGAACGUCAUUGCGCGUUUCUCUACCGAGCUCCACCGUGUGCUGAACGUCUAUGAGAAGCAACUGGAGAAGCAGGCGCAGAAGAAUGGCGAUGAUAAUGCCUGGCUGGCGCUGGACCAUCCCACCAUUGCGGACUUUUCGGCCUUGGCUUGGUUCUCUAUUCUGCCGCUGCGUGCCGAAGUGCUGGAAGUGGACUUGGCCAAGUACCCCUUCAUUUCCAAGUACAUUGCGCAUGGAACGCAGCGCCCGUCGUUUGAAGCGGUGCGUAAGCAGAUUAUUUUCAAGUAG